AUGGCGGAGUCAUCAGCAGAGCUCCGUAAGGAGAUCGACAGUAAUGACAACGGUGCGUGCCCGGUGAAUUCAGGUGAUGAUAAACUUGAUGAGAAAGUCAAAGAAUGGUUACUUUUAGACAAGCAUCCAGCCAGCAUUGCAGAAGUUAGACUACUCAUAAAAGAGGUGAAGUUUGAUGAACUGAGACAGAUAAUGAUGUCACCCUUGUCUUUUGGCACUGCAGGGUUGCGAUCAAAAAUGGGAGCAGGUUUUAAUAGAAUAAAUGAUUUGACAAUCAUCCAAGCUACUCAAGGUCUUUGUAGGUAUUUGGAAAAGCAAUUUCCAGACAUCAAAGAAAGGGGAGUCAUUGUUGGAUUUGAUGCACGGCAUAACAGUACACGCCUUGCCCAAAGGACAAGCUGUGUGUUUGCCAGUCAAGGAGUCCCAGUUUAUCUUUUUUCAAGUAUAACACCCACUCCAUUUGUCCCAUAUGGAGUUUUGAAAUACAAAUGUGUUUGUGGAGUUAUGAUAACAGCUUCACACAAUCCCAAAGAUGAUAAUGGUUACAAGGUUUAUUUGGAUAAUGGUGCUCAGAUCAAAUCCCCUCAUGACAAGGGCAUUUCCCAGUGUAUUGCUGAAAACAGAAUUCCCUGGGAAAACUCAUGGGAAAUCAGUCAAGCCAAUCCACUAAUUAAAGACCCUUAUGAGGAGAUAUGUGCAUCAUACUUCGAAGAUAUAAAAACGUAUUGCCAUUACAGUGAAAAAAACAGAAAAACCAAGCUGAAAUACACCUUCACGCCUAUGCAUGGUGUUGGACAGAGGUUUGCUGAGCUGGCAUUUGAGGCAUUCAACCUACCUCCUUUUGUAUCUGUGAGAGAACAGAUGAAUCCAGAUCCAGAAUUUCCAACAGUGAGAUAUCCUAACCCUGAGGAAGGAAAGAGUGCCUUGGACCUUGCAAUGAGUACUGCUAAUGAGAAUGGCUGUUCUGUUAUUUUGGCAAAUGAUCCUGACUCUGAUAGAAUGGCUCUUGCAGAGAAACAGCCAAAUGGUCAUUGGAAGGUUUUUACUGGUAAUGAGAUUGGAAGUAUGUUUGGGUGGUGGGCAUUCACUUGCCACAAAAGGAAACAUCCUGAGCUGUAUCCAGGCUCAUCUGUAUAUAUGAUUGCUAGCACAGUUUCUUCAAAAAUGCUUCAAGCUAUGGCUAGAGAAGAAGGAUUUCUGUUUGAAGAAACUCUGACGGGCUUCAAAUGGAUGGGCAAUCUUGCUUGUGAUCUUAUGGCCCGAGGAAAUACUGUCCUCUUUACGUUUGAAGAAGCAAUAGGGUUUAUGUAUGGUACCACUGUUUUUGACAAAGAUGGCAUCAGCGCUGCAGUGGUAAUGGCAGAAAUGGCUUCAUACCUCAACCUUCAAGGACUUACUUUAACAGAGCAGCUAAACAAUUUGUACGAGAGAUAUGGUGUCCACGUGACCAACAAUUCUUACUACCUUUGUUAUUCUCCAUCAACAAUAAAGACCAUUUUUGAUCGCAUAAGGACUCUCGAGAAUGGUUGGUACCCCAGUACUUGCGGUCCCUAUAAACUAUCUGGUAUCAGAGAUUUAACUGCUGGAUAUGAUAGUACCAAGCCUGGUGACAAACCGGUUCUUCCAGUUAGCAAGUCAAGUCAGAUGAUCACAUUCUAUUUCGAGAAUGGAUGCGUUGCCACUCUUCGAACAAGUGGUACUGAACCAAAGAUUAAAUAUUACACAGAGCUUGCAUGCAAGCCGGGAGAUAAUGUGGACAUUCCAACAGCCAAUGAAACUCUUCGAAACAUCGUUAAUACAAUCGUUCAAGAAUGGUUACGGCCUGAUGUAAACAACCUUAUUCCCAAGGAAGACUGAAAACUACUCCUUACUCUGUUAUAACACUGAAAAAGAUAUGAAUCCAAUACUAUGU